AUGUCGGGACAUCAGGGCGGCCACUCCAAUGGCGUCCACGGACCAGCGACCAACAACGUCAGUCCCAGCCAUGGCGCCCACGAAUCGACGUCGCUCCUCCCCACAGCAGUCGGCCGCCUCCCACUGCUGAGCAAUGGGGUUGCCCACGAGGGCGAGAGCGGCCGCAGCGGCUUCCAUCUCCGCCAUUUCCUCCGCGUGCUCUGGAAGUCGUCGUGUACCGUGUCGAUGCUGGUCAACGUGCUCUGGCCCUUUGUGCCGGCGGCUCUGGUGCUGCACUUCGUCGCGCCGACGGCGCACCUCUGGAUCUUCGCCCUCAGCUACAUCGCCAUGGUGCCCGCGGCGAACCUGCUCGGUUUCGCAGGGCGGGAGUUCGCGCGCAAGAUGCCCAAGGUGGCGGGCAUCCUGAUCGAGACGACGUUUGGCUCCAUUGUCGAAAUCAUCCUGUUCAUCGUCUUGAUCGUGAAGCACGAGCCCGAGGGCGAGGACGAGGGCAACGGCGACGAGGGCAACCUGAUCCCCAUCAUCCAGGCGGCGAUCCUGGGCUCGAUACUUACGAACCUGCUCCUGUGUCUCGGGCUGUGCUUCUUCUUUGGAGGCCUCCGGCAGACGACGCAAAAGUUCCACGCCAUCGUCUCCGAGACGAGCAGCGGCCUGCUGCUCGUCGCCGCCUUCGGCCUCCUCAUCCCCAGCGCCUUCUACUCGGCCCUGAAGCCAGAGACGGUGCUGGUCUUCUCGUCGAACACGCUGCAUGCUCUGCACGACAAGCUCACCGAGGCGAAGCUGCGGGCCGACAUCCUCAAGAUCAGCCAGGCGUCGUCUAUCGUGCUCAUGGUCGCCUUCUUCCUGUAUAUCUGGUAUUGUGCCAGUAGCCAGCACAGCAUCUUCGACGAGGUCAUCGAGCAGGACGAGCACGGCGACGCGGACCGCGAGGCGGAUCUGGCCAAGGAGAAGUUCACCAUGACGGAGACCUUUGUCGCUCUGUUCAUCUCGCUGGUUUUCGUCACGCUGCUGCUCAUCUUUUUAGUUGACGAGAUUGAGCAUGUUGUGGCCUUUGGUGUCCCGGAUCAGUUCCUGGGCUUGAUACUACUUCCGCUUGUCGAAAAGGCCGCAGAGCAUUUGACGGCCAUUGACGAGGCUUGGGACGGCGUGAUUAAUGUCGCGCUUUAUCACUGUCUCGGCCCGUCCAUCCAAACCGCUCUGUUCAAUGGGCCUCUAGUGGUCAUUGUCGGCUGGGCCAUUGGCAAGCCCAUGGACCUAAAUUUUGAGAUAUUCAUGAUUGGCCUGCUCGUGCUGUCCAUCUUGGUUGUAGGAAAUUUCUUGAGGGAUGGAGAGUCCAAUUGGCUUGAGGGGGCCCUCCUGGUGAUCGUCUACAUCAUCAUCGCCAUCGCGGCGUGGUACUAUCCUAACCCAGAUGUGGCGACCACGAACGACUUUAAUGGCUUGGAAUAUGUCACGUCCCGAAGACCAUCAUCUCGUUAUUGA